CACAAUGCGCACCUCCAUCUCAGCCUCGUCAAGCUUCACAUUCACGCAACUCAAUAAUAUACCUUACACUUCCUUCGACACCAUCUGAACCCACCUGCACUGCCCUCUGAAUCGCAUCACCGAAGUCAGCGCCUUCCUGCGCGUCUACCAGCGCCAUGGCUACCGAUACCCCCAAACUGCUCUGGAAUCCUGAUAAUGUCAAGGAUGUCGCAGAGUCGGUUGGCAUCAGCUCUCUCAACGAAGAGGCGCUCAAGUGCUUGACACAGGAUGUCGAAUACCGAGUCGGCCAGGUCAUCGUGGAGUCUCUGCGCUUCAUGCGUGCCGCCCGCAGAACAACCCUUACCGUCAACGAUAUCUCCCUCGCGCUCAAGGCGCUCGACGUUGAGCCCCUCUACGGCUACGAUUCUACGCGUCCGCUACGAUACGGCGAGGCCAGCCUUGGACCUGGCCAGCCUCUAUUCUACAUUGAGGAUGAGGAGGUCGAUUUUGAGAAGCUCAUCAAUGCGCCUCUGCCUAAGGUGCCGCGCGACAUGGGUUUUACAGCGCACUGGCUCGCCAUCGAAGGUGUCCAGCCUUCCAUCCCUCAGAACCCCACGACUUCCGAAUCUCGAUCGCAGGAACUCCUCCCCAAGGGACCUGGUGCGAACCCUGCCUUGUCCGCCUUGGCAGGCAAUGACAAUGUCUCCAUGAAACCAUCCGUUAAGCACAUUGUGAGCAAGGAGCUCAUACUCUACUUUGAUAAAAUCCAGGCUGCUGUUCUCGACGACAAUCCUGACGAAGAAGUGGUACGCCUACGGCAAGCCGCUCUCGGUUCCGUGAGAGACGACCCUGGUCUUCACCAGCUCAUCCCAUACUUCAUCACCUUCAUCAUGGACCGAGUAACACACCAUCUCGAUGACACCUUCACUCUUAAGCAGAUGAUGGAGUUGACGAAUGCUCUCAUCGAGAACAAGAGCCUUUUCCUGGAUCCCUACGCCAGCCCCCUCUCAGCCCCCGCUCUUACUUGUCUGAUGGCGAGAAAAUUGGGCACUGAUGAGGGGACAGAUGCUCUCAAGGAGCAGUAUGAUCUUCGACAGCUGGCUGCAUCUCUGGUUGGACGAAUUGCGCGCAAAUACUCGGCUUCCAACACACUCCUACGGCCCAAGUUGACGAGGACAUGCCUCAAAUACUUUCUCGACCCUACCAAACCCCCCGCGGUUCUCUACGGUGCCAUCCACGGCCUGUUGGAAGCAGGAGGUCCAGAAGCAAUCCGCGUGCUAGUCCUACGUAACCUGCAGACUUUUGACUCGGGGAUCCUGCAGCCUCUGAAGGAAAAGGCAGAGGGUACAAUGGACUACGAGAUGCUGGUUCAGGGCAUAGUACAAGCUGUGGCUUCGCUGGCAGAUCAUGUCGAAUCAGACGCCAAUGGAGUCAAUGGUACAGCAAACGUUGAGACAGAUAUAUCCGAACUGAAGGACUUUAUCGGGCCCAUCAUUGGGGAAAAGAUUGCCUCUUCCGGUAAUCGGAGAUUGAUCAGGACAAUCCUGGAUGCUCGAUUCUUGGAUUAGAACUUGGCAUGUAAUAUUCACGACAGGCGAAUGGCGUUUGGUUGCGAUACCUCACGAGGUAUUGGUUAGAACAGGCUCAAGCAUUUAAAGGCGCUUGUGUACAGAUAAUAAAAUUCUUUGCUCAAAGUCAGGAAUGCCCUCAGGCUAAUACUCGUACACGAGUUUCUCAUCCUUGCCAUACUCCUUCCCUUAUCCAUUGUAUCAUCCACUGCGAACCAUACCAUCUAUAUCCUUCCAUCUCCGUUCAGUUUUGGUAUUUUACAGGAAAGCAACCAGGCCAAUGGCGCCGAGGAAACUGGCAGCCCAGAUGUACUUGUCGGCCUGGAUAAUAGUCGUCUUGGCGAAACCCUUGCCAGCGUCGUACAGGAGAUGCUUGAAGCCGCUGAUGGCGUGGUAGACGAAGGGGAAGCCUAGUGUGAACUUGAUACCGCCCUUGAUGGCGAGGGGGAGACCGGCGGCGAAGGUGGCGAUGCUUGCGCUCUCGAGGUGAAGUCCGACAAGAGGAGCGGCGAGGUAGGCGAGGGAGAAACCGUACAUAGUCGCGGAGAGGGUGCAGCCGGUGAUUCGGUUCCAGGCGGAGCUACCGAACCAUGUCUGCUCGAUCUUGUAGAUGGCCAGGUGGGGAGAGACGGGACGGUUGAGGCGCUGGUUGACGAGGAUCUGAUGGCCGUCUUGUUGAGAGACCUUGGUAGAACCGACAGCGCUGCGAAUGUGAGAUGCGUGAAGCUCAAUUGAUGCUAGGGACAUACCGUAGGGGAGAAGAGGUAGAGAUUCCAGCAGCGAGAGCAGCCUUGGGAAUGUUCUGGGCGAAGAAGGGCUUGGUCGCGCCUAUAGAGCUGUUAGAUAUCGGGAUGUCGAGGUUCGGAUUGCGAAAGUACCUUGACGAAGAGCGGCGACGCCAACACGUUGAGCGAGCAUCGUGGCGGAUUGUGAGUAUCUAUCGAUUUCGAAGAGAAAGGGUUCAGCCAAGGUCCGGUCAACGAUAUCGUCAGCGUCGAUGCUUCAAGUGCGAGAUUCGUAUCUGGGUAUCAAUGAUGAUGGCUUCCUAUUCUCGAGACAUCGGAACGGGCCUCCUCGGCUUCUCGGUCCAAUCAGCCAAUAGGAUGAUGUCAAUUCCUCAUCUCGGGACGCACGUGACCCACUAUGUUCGCUCAUCACGUGCGUAUGUCGAAUGACUAAGCAGAAUCUUGAGUUUUGUUAUCGCGAAUUUUUUUGUCGCGUUUCGAUUUUCCUUUCUUCUUCAGAUAGACAAGAACGUUCGCCGCACGCUGUCUAGUGUAGAGAGUGGACAGCAUUGUAGGCAGGGUCUUUGGACUCGAGAACAGUUCUUAGAAGAAUAUUGGGAAAUUGGAUCCGUCGUUAAUCUCGACACCUAGUUUUCCCGUCUAGGUGUCGUUUCAUUUUUGAGAUCUACAUUCUGAUGUAUAUGUGUGCCCGUGAUUAUGAUUGCUUGCCUAUAGUGGCUGCGGUUGAAGAUUCGAGGUGCUCAACGCGUGAGACGAAGGCCAAUUGGGUUAGGGCCAUAGCAUACUGCUGGACACUGAACAACGAUGCAUGGCAUCACGUCUGAAUACGUAAAGCCUAUCGUUUAUGCCGCGCUUCAAGGUGUAGAUAUGCACCGCACAGCCAUGGCAAGGAGCUUGAGUUGAUGUGCAACUAAACUGUGCAAAGACUCGCCUUCGAUAUUAGAUGAUCGCCAUUCUCUUCAAGACGUUCUCGUCAUGACUAGUUCAGUUCACGUUGAGAUCUUGAGCCGGCCAGAACAAAGAAAGCGAAACUGACGUCAGACUCUGAAGAGAUUGAGUGUUCCC